GAACCACCUUCAGAAAUAGUCAAUGGAUUUUGCGUACGACACACAUAAUUGAAGUGCUGUUCGAACAAAGUCCAACUGAGAUUGAAGUUCAGCAGUCUUGUAGUGAAACGGAAUGACACACGAAAGUUGAACUGGCACGAAGAACCUUGGUAUAUCCUGCGCUUUUGAAACCACGACUGACCGGCGGACACCGUUUUCGUAAACAAUACCAGGCUUACUUGGAAGUUACCAAAUCUUCCCAGAACUUCAAAGUACCGUUGCUGUUAAAAUAGCUUAUGUAAGAAUAAAUAUGUGAUGCAGAAGAAAGUGAUGGCAAAGAAACCCUUUCCAAAGAAGAAAUUGACAUUGAAUGACCCGCCAUGCCUGUAAUUCCACACCAUCCCUCCUCCUCCUCCUCCUCUCAUCAUCCAACCACAUCAUGCCUGUGACACCAUUUUCAAAGAGAGCAGGACUGGACAGAGAGCUUGAGUCAAUGUUAACAAGACUGGAAGAAUAUGGGAGUCUUUUGGAAAGAACAAGAAACAUAAGUCGACAUGCACUUGAUGAUCAAGUUCCCCAAGUUUAUUCACACUAUCAGGCACUCCAGAGUACAUUCAAAGGAAUUGAUAAUCUUGAGAACUUGAUAAAACAGGUCAAGGAUGAUCUGGUUAAAAUGGAAGCAGCUGUUAGUCAAGCAGAAGCAGAUUUGAAUCCAAGCCAUGGGUUUACAAUCAGACCUUUAUUCUUUAGAAGGGAGACAAACUUACCUCCGAUGCAUUCUUCCUCACCAAAGACUUUCGAACCACCUAAGAUAUUUCAAACGAAUGAUUACUUUAUAUCUUCGGACUCUCAGACAGAGCCAUGCUCUUCAGUUUUGAAUCCUAUGAGUAAGAAUUAAGUCUGUUAUAUUUUGAUACAAGUUAAACUAUUAUUGCUUUAUUUUACUUGGUAGUAUUGUAUAGAACUCUAAUUUUUUAUUGGUAUAAUCUCAUUUUCUAUGUAUACUAGAUCUGCAACCUAAAUGAAAUUUAGGUUGAAAAGGAACAUAUCAUUAAGCAUGAAAUUUUGGAUUUUAUUUCUAUAGAAGUCGUAAGUGCUGAUUUGGAGCAGCACUACUUUAUUGCUCACUAUUAUGUGAUCUGUUCUCUGUACAGCAGUGUGGAGCUGUUGAGCAACACUUAACUGUUAUUAUGUUGCUGUGAUAAUGGAAAUCUUUUCCAUAUUUUCUUGCAUUGUUGAGCCCUUCUUUUCUAUAAUGUGCUCAGGUUAAUUAUGAAUUUUAGAAUUUUAUAUUUAUAUAUUUUCUACAGUACAAGAUAGGGAGUCAUUAGCAGAGUUUUCCACAAUAAGCCAGAGAUCAAAAGUUUCUCUAAUUAUAGUGAAUUUCUCUACAAAGCAGAGGUGAUUGCUGUGGACCAUUGAUAGUGUGCAAAUUCCUUCAUAUGAUGUACAUCAUCAGGAUACAGUACCUUUAUCAGUAUUGCUUCAGUAUGAUAAAAUUGGGAUAAAUACCCCAGAAAUGAACAGAAUCUGUUUAGCCAUAAACUUUAUAUAAGAUGGGUAUGUAUUAUCACCAGGGAAUAAAUAAUUAGUACUAUAUUGUACCUUAGAAAAAAAAAAAAACUAACAGGAAUUUCUGAUUUUGACUAUUGUGUGAAACUCUGCCUUCACUUUGGAUUUUGUAGGUUUUUAAAUGCUUGUUAACUGCAUACAGUGUUUAUUCAUAUGCAUUUUAAAUAUAAUGAUACUGGUAAUUAUCUCUGUAAUAAUCACUUUCCUCUUAUACUGUACAGGUGUUUUUUCAUGUAUUAGAAAAUUUUUCUGGCACACCAAUUACUGUAAGUAAUGGUAGCAGUGGCACUUAAAAUCAGUUUUAAUUCAUCAAAGGUGGCAGAGAGAGAAAAUGUACCGUAGUUUUUCAAGAAUUGAGUGCAGUAAUCGGAAAGUGCAUGAAAGGGCACCAGAUACCUUUUCUUAAUCAACAGCCAUAUGUAGAUAAAUCAGUAGGAAAGUAUUUUGAAUGGUUUAAGCAUAGCUGUAUAGCUCUGUAAUAUAUAUAUUUCUGCUGUUUUUGAAUAUAUGUCUAUUUUGUACUUCAAAUUAUAGUUAAAAACUACAUAU